AUGUCUCGCUCAGGCGUCCCUUUUGCCGUUUCCGAACUCCCGGCCCUGGACGCCGUGUCCGGAUAUGAACCCCGCGGCCAAUGCCAUGCCGGCGGGAGGCCCGCUCGUUGUCAGUUAUUCAGGCCACGGUCGUUGGCGGGCCCCGUGCUACAAGGCAGCACAGCGCCUGCGGUGAUGGCGCCCAGUUCAGUUGUUUGUCGGCCUGGUGCAAGUCGCGGACGCGUGCGUUGCCGAGUCGCCGUGCCCAGCAAUGGCAACAACGAAGUUGAGGACGCGUGGCCUGGCGAGGCCAAGAUCAAAGUGAUUGGCGUGGGCGGUGGCGGAGGAAAUGCUGUAAAUAGGAUGGUUGCUAAGGGCCUUCAGGGUGUAGAAUUUCACGUUGUGAAUACCGACGCCCAAGCAAUCGAAAAUUCGUUGGCGGAGCACAAGCUGCAGAUUGGAAUGGAGAUGACAAGAGGAUUGGGGGCGGGUGGGCACCCAGAUAUUGGCGAAGCUGCGGCCCAAGAAUCCCAUCACGACUUGCGGAACAUGGUGGAAGGAGCUGACAUGGUAUUCAUUACUGCUGGCAUGGGUGGUGGGACAGGGACUGGGGCUGCACCUGUUGUUGCGCGACUGGCCAAAGAUAUGGAUGUCCUGACUGUCGGUGUGGUCACAUACCCAUUCACCUUUGAAGGGCGAAAGCGAUCGACUCAGGCACAUGAAGGGGUGGAGACCAUGCGAAGAAAUGUUGACACUCUGAUAGUCAUUCCAAAUGACAGGCUGCUGGAUGUUGUUGGUGAGUCUACCCCACUGCAAGAAGCCUUUCUGCUGGCUGAUGAUGUCCUGAGACAGGGGGUGCAAGGCAUUUCUGACAUCAUCACCAUUCCUGGGCUUGUUAACGUUGACUUUGCGGAUGUUAAAGCCGUCAUGUGCAACUCAGGAACUGCCAUGCUGGGAGUUGGUAUGGCAACUGGGAAGGACAAAGCAGAGGAGGCUGCACUGGCUGCGACUUCAGCGCCACUCAUAGAGAGGUCAAUCGAGCGUGCAACUGGAAUAGUGUACAACAUCACUGGAGGAAUGGAUUUGACGCUGGCUGAAGUUAACAAGGUGUCAGAGAUAGUCACCAGCCUUGCAGAUCCUUCUGCCAACGUCAUAUUUGGUGCAUGUGUUGAUGAGCAGCAUGAAGGAACGGUGAACGUGACGAUUAUUGCAACGGGCUUCUCUCAAUCAUUUGAGGACAAUCUUUUGUCAGGCCAGGGCAAGAUUCCUGAAUCGCAGCUGUCCAGCUCGCCCCGCCCGACCGGCGUGCCUACAACAUCCCCAGACGGAACGCCAUACCUCGGGAGAAGCUUAAUUUGA